AUGGGUCGACACGCGAAUCCUGACAUUCGUCGUGCCUUCGUAGAAUUCCAGGAUGCGGACACACCAUCCAAAUGCAACAAAGUCAGAUGCCAGUACUGUGGCUUCGUGCGAGCGAAGAACACGACGAGGCAGAUUGAGCAUCUACAGGAGUGCCAGGCCUACAUCAAUUCGCCUGACGCGCAAGCACACAUGAUUGCGAACCAGGGCAGCCAGUCCAUGGUCGAGCCCAACAUGUCGCAGGGACCGAGUGCUAUACUCAACGGCCAGCAGCCAAACCCGAACCUUCAGGUACAUCGUCGCGGUCCCAACACGAAGCGCGCUCGUGAUGGCCAGCCAAUUGCGCCCAAUCCUAUGCAGCAACAUCAGGCGCCCUCUUUGACGAACCACCUCCUCGCAACGUGCUCCGGGCCAUUUGCGCAGGCAACACAGCAACCGUUCCUCUCACAUGCUGGUUGUGGGUCACUUGCUGCAGGACCAUUGUCGCAAUGGCUGGUGCAGGAUGGACACUACUCGAGAGGGUACAUACGCUUCGUAGGCCAAUUGUUGGCGAAGAUCAGAUUACCGCAGACGCAGAACUCGCAGUUUCACCCUAUGUAUAGGACCAUGGAUCUGCUAAUCUCAGCGCUGAACAACAUGCGCCGCGAAAUGCAGUUCUUCGAGAUCACUGCGACCAAAUAUGGCCUUGCACUGGGCAACGAGCCACCUUCACCCAUCACACGCGCCCUACUGGAUCUGUUUGUGAGCGCUAGCAGCUCCUGUGCCUCUCUACUCGAGGGCAUGGUCGUUCUGUGGGGCACUGAGCAUUGUUAUCGCUCUGCCUGGCAAUAUGCCGCAUCCUUCAGCAACUCCCUCUCGACGCCCAGUAACGAUAACCACAUUGUCGCCCUCCACCAGGCUCUCAUUCCAAACUGGACAUCGCCGGCAUUCAACAAGUUUGUCGACGCCACACGUGCGCUUGUCGAUGAACUUGCCAACACCACCACGGCUCGCGACGGCAAGGAAGAGAUGCAACGCUGCGACGAGAUCUUCCGUCAAAUAUGCUGGCUGGAACAGCGUUUCUGGCCGGAGGUUGAUGGUAUGGGCGAAGAGGAUGACGGUGCACAGCUUGGUGGUCCUUCCCACAUGGGCACAAUGGGCACUGGCCUCGAUAACGGGAUGAACAACAGUGCAAUCAGCAGCGGACACAUCGGUAACCAGAACAUGGACAAUGGAUCCAUGAACGGCGGUCGCAUGAAUAGCAAUGCUAUGAAUAGCAACAUGGGAAACAACAAUAUGAACGGACCCAUGGGGUCGCAGAUGAACAGAUCAAGCAUGAACGGGCCCAUAAUGGGUGGACAAGGCAUGAACAACCAGAACAUGAGCGGGCAAGGAGUGAAUGGUUCUGUGAUGAGCGGCGAUGAUGGCACGCCUGGCAACGAUGAUGGUAGGAACAACUCCAUGUUUUCCAACAGCGGGCUCGAAGGUCAAGGUCCGUGA